UUAGAGUUGUCCCUUCUCUUCUCUGCCCCUGCGUUUCCCUUAAUUGGCGCUUCAGGACUCUUCUUUAAGCUCAUAUCCAUCCAACCAGAAGCUUUAACGAGUUAGCGCCGCGGGGCGGAGAAGCUGCUGGUGGUGGUGGUUAUCUCGAAUUCGCGAUCGCACUACCUGUGCGUUCCGGCUUCCAACCUCGGAACUAGACGGAUUCACUGCCGCUCAAAACAUUCAUAUCUCUCCUCUGAGUUUCGGCAAAUAUCGGGUUUUCAGGUGAUCGAUCGUCAUACAAGGGUAGAGAGCCAGCCAUGACCGGAAAGGCGAAGCCCAAGAAGCACACCGCCAAAGAGAUUGCUGCGAAGGUCGACGCCGCCACUACAAACAGAGGAGGCGGCAAAGCUGGUCUUGCCGACCGUUCUGGGGUCGGCAAGGGUGGCCACGCCAAAUAUGAAUGCCCCCACUGUAAGACUACUGCUCCUGAUGUGAAAUCUAUGCAGAUACACCACGAUGCUAAGCACCCUAAGACACCUUUCGACGAGGCGAAGCUCAUCAACUUGCACGCAAACCAUGCCGUCGAAUCCUCUAAGCCACGCCCCGGUGUCCGUGGCAGUUUUAAGAAAUAGAGAGAAGCUUUUUCUUUGUUUUAGUUAAUUGCUUCUCUUUUAUUUUCUCUCUUUUAUCAAGUGUAUUAGGAGUUUUGGGUGUGUUAGAACUCGCUACUUCCCUUCUUAUUUCUUGUGGUGGGACUGCUAAUCUGAGGAGAGGACUGAGGAGGGCUUAGCAGAUGUUCCCUUCUAAAGCUGUAAUGAGGUUUUUCAUUGAUGUCUAUAAUGAUGGUUGUGUCUGUUUCAGCACUUGAACAUGUAUUAUGUGUAUCUUUCUUUGUAUUGUAAUCUGUAGAUGCAGUUCUUACAUCCAUAAAUUGUUGUGGUUACAC